UUUACGAAUAACAACUGAAAAAAAAAGGAAUGAAAAAAGAAAAGUGUCUCCCUCCGUCCGUCCCUCUUCCGGUGUCGUGCUGUUCCAGCGGCGGAUGUUGAUGUUUUGUUUCGGAGCUCGCUGAGGCGAUAUGUGAACUACUUCAUAUUUUUGUACCCACCCUCUCCGUUUUGUCUUGGGUCUGUAUUUUAGGAAAGGUUUCUCUGUUUGUCGGCACCGUGUUUCUCCCGGUGUCACUGCCGGGGAGCGAUGAUGGAGGACUUUGAUGAAAUCUACGAAGAGGAGGAGGAAGAAGAGGACGAGGACAGGGCCGCAGAGGAACAGCUCCUCAAGUACGCUCCGGACCCGGUGGUGGUUCGAGGGUCCGGCCACGUCACGGUGUUUGGACUUAGUAACAAAUUUGAGUCAGAAUUUCCUUCAGCACUUACAGGGAAGGUGGCGCCAGAAGAGUUCAAAGCCAGCAUCAAUCGAGUGAACAGCUGCCUGAGGAAGACGCUCCCAGUGAACGUGCGCUGGCUCCUGUGCGGCUGCCUCUGCUGCUGCUGCACUCUGGGCUUCAGCUUGUGGCCGGUCAUCUGCCUCAGCAAAAGGACGAGAAGAUCAAUAGAGAAACUUUUAGAGUGGGAAAACAACAGACUUUAUCACAAGUUGUGUUUGCAUUGGAAACUUAGCAAACGGAAGUGCGAGACCAACAACAUGAUGGAAUAUGUAAUCCUAAUAGAGUUCCUUCCCAAGAUCCCCAUCUUCAAACCAGACUAACGAGACGACAGAAGAGCCAAAAAAACCCUCCACCGCUGCCCAGUUUUCUCCUAAUGGCUGUGAAACUCCUCCCUCUGAAAAACUCCACUAGUGUUUACAUUUGUCGCCCCUCUUUCCACAAAUAUACCUGUUCUGCAUCCUUGUUUACAAAUCCAGCAGCCCCUUGCUUUUUUUUCCCCUUUUGCCAUUGAAAUUUGACCAUUUGGUCAAACUUGUGCUCUGUUGAGCAGCUGCUGACCCUCUUCAGAGGAGAAGCAGCCAUUUGCAGGGACGCUGCUUUUAAAGCUCCGACAAGAAAACUGGACGCUCAAGUUGAGUUCUGUGAGACAAAAACUGGAUAUUUGUCACUUUCGUCCCUAAACUAAGCACACAGCACAGCCAGACUUUAAACAAACUUCACAGGCUCCCUUGGUUUGAGAGCUGUUGGCUUCACGCCCUGAAUCUGUACUUUGGAAACAAGCUGGAGCGAAACACGAGAGUUCAUCCAGAUAAAUGUGAAGCAGACAGACUGGUCCCACAGGAACAUGUCAAAGUUCACUCCUCAGCCGUCGGAUGUCUUCUUGCCCUGUGCACAACCAGUGACAAUCACACACUCUGACUGCACUGUUUAUACUAUAUAAAUGGGUCUUUGUGCUACACAGUUCACCCAAAGCAAUUAGAUUUCGAUGUUUGUGUCCAAGUGAUGGACUGGUCACCUAGCAACCGGGCAACGACAAAACAAAGGUUUCUUUCACUGUUUUUCUUUAUUUUACGGAUCAGGUUUUGUUUACUGUUUUUGUUCAAGUGUGCAUGUGCGGGUCAGACAGAGAAACAAGCAGUCAAAAUGGAAAUACAGAAAUGUCACACCUCAGAAAGAAAAAGAUUUCUUUCUUAAUGGGGUUUUUUUUGUUACCUCUUAUGAUCUUUUUUUGGUUUGUGUAAGUGUAUUGUUCAUGGCAACUUUUGGUUGUUCCUUUUGUUAAAUUUGUGGUUAAGUGUCAACAUUGAAGCACUCUCUCUGAGUCCUGCACUCCUUUUUCUGUGGCCUGUGUCACUAAAACACAAAGCUUAACUUGUUUCCAAGUGUUUGAGUCCAAGGGUGCGUUCACACUGCCAUGAAAAGAUCAGAUACAGGUCACAUUACGUCAAAAAAAUCGGAAUUGGGUCACUUCAGGCUGCAGUCUGAACGCACCCCAAGACAAGAGUCGGAGCUCUGCUGUUUUAGGUGUCUCGAUUUAUAAGUUCAGGUGUUUUGGUUGACAAGGACGUUUAAAUUAAGCAGACUCAACCCAAACUGGAAACGUGAAUUAAACGUUGCACUAGUACAUAUUUGUUUUUUUUGUUUGUUUUUUUUAAACCAUAAAACUGCUUCUUACGUUGGAAAACCUACAAAGAUUCAUCUUAGCAUCCUUGUUUUUUUUACCCUCAUGUUCACUUGCUGCAGUGAUGCUGAGCUGAAUAAAAGGCGAUCAAGACGGUAAUUUCUUGGUGAAUAUAGGGAUUUCAAAGGUGCCACUCUUUCUGUUUAAAGCUUGAACGCAUCAUAGACGUGGGAACAGGUGUGGGCCGAUAUGAGACUGAGUGAAAACGCCACGCUUUCACCGAUUCACGCAAAGAUUGAAAUCGGUGUCUAACAUGAUGUAGUUGCUUCGAAAACGGCUGCAGCUACAAAAAUAACAGUAUUUCUACAGUUAGUUUUUAAAAUGCGCUGACUGUGCAUCAUGCAGUACCUUGUUGCAGUUCUUGCCUUGUACGCAGCGACACAGGCAGCAUAACAGUCUGAUGAUAGCUGGUCAGUUAGUUGUGCUAAGGUAGCUAUACCAGACGUGAUGCUCACAGCUUUCAUUACCAGGAAUGUUUCUAAACGGCAUCUUUUUUUUUUUUUUUCCUUGCAAACAAGGGGAAGUGAAGUGGCCUUUUUUCAGCCAGACGACAGCUCUGUUGUUCUGAAUAUUCAGAAUGGAGAGAAAUACAUCCACUCUGGUUCUUUUUCACGGACCUUUGCAGCAUCAUGGCGAUAAAUUGUAGCGGUUUGAAAGUUUCUAAAAGCCUUGGUGUCCCUUCAUUCUUUAAAUCUGCCCACACCUACCUGAGAAGAAAGAAAACAAAAUAUCUAGCACCCAUUGUAGAAUAUAAGUAGUAAAUUUAUGGCACCUAAAGUGAGAUGAUUUGUUUUAAAUUCAGCAACGGUUUUGGUUUAUUUUUAACUUCAUUGACUUUGUCUAAAACUGCUUCCAUGUCACACGUCACAACUCAAAGCACCGCUCAGUCUGAUGGCAUACUCGGCAUUUGAUGAGGAGACAAGUUGGGACCGACAAAGACUGCAGACCAGUGCCCAAAACAUCCAUAUAUGUUUACUGAGAUUAUGUAUACAUAUAUCUGUGGAAUUUGAACAAAGCCACCCUGUUUUAGCUCCGGUGACUGUACAGGUGGCACUCAGGGGACAUAAAUAAUAAAAUGUAGCAUUAAUAAUCCUGUUGUCAUUUUCUUUCCACAGUUGUGACAGGGUACCAUGUGUAAUAAGUACAAAAGACCACACAUUACUUGAAUAACUGUAAAAUUAUGCAUUUAGUUUGUUUUGAGAUGAAGAAAAAAAAAUGUCAAAGUUGAUUAAG